AUGACUGCUGAAGAGAACACGGAAGCGGUCGAGCAGCCGACUGAUGUUAUCGAGGCAGUAGAUGAUGAUGAGUUCAGUGAUGAGGGAGCCGACACGGGCGGAGAAAGCUCCUUAGCUUCUCUUUCUUCGAGUAUCAUACAAGGAGUCGAAGAAAAUGGAAGGACGUAUGCAUCAUACGGCAAAGAAGAAUAUGGCGCACCCAUGGAUGAACAAGAAAUGGACAGAAUUGAUAUGGCGCAUGCGAAAUACUUCAUUCUGCUAGACAAGAAACGAUGGAUUGCGCCAAUCCCAGAGAAUCCACACAAAGUGCUGGACCUAGCAUGCGGUACAGGAAUCUGGAGUAUUGACUUUGCCGAUGCAAACCCAUCAGCAGAUGUGACCGGUGUCGAUAUUGCACCAAUUCAGCCCAAAUGGACUGCUCCAAAUUGUCAUUUCGAAAUCGAUGACAUCGAGCAAACAUGGACUUGGCAGCUAAACAGUUUCGACUACAUCUUCUCCCGAGAUCUUCUCCUCUGUAUACGAGACUUUCCACGCUUGAUCAAGCAAUGUUACAAACAUCUGAAGCCAGGCGGAUGGCUCGAAUUCCAAAACAUCAACGGCACAAUCCACUGCGACGACGGCACCAUGCCGGAAACCAGCCAGUUCAAAGAAUACGAUCGCCUCCUCCGCGCCGCCGCAACCGCAUUCGGCACUCCCCUGGAAGACCCCAUCCACUACAAGAGAUGGUUCGAAGAAGCCGGAUUCGAAGGCGUCACCGAGACCAUUUUCAAGAUGCCGACUAGUCCGUGGGCGAAAGAUCCGAGGCUGAGGUUGGUGGGAGCUUUUGAGCAGGAGAACCUCACGUCAAAUUUGGAGGGGAUUAGUACGAGGGUAUUUCAGAAGGGGUUAGGGUGGUCGGUGGAGGAGUCGACGGUUUUCUUUGCGGGUGUGAGGAAGGAUAUUAAGAAUAGGAAACAGCAUGCGUAUUACCCGUAUGUUGUUGUGUAUGGACGGAAGCCUUUGAGCGAACAGGAGUGA